AAUGGCUGGCUACAAUGCCCCAGUACAAGUCCCAGCAACAGCAACAGCUGCUAUCCAUCAAAUGUUGGUUCAACUUGAUGCGAUGGACUCUUUAAUGGAGAUCGAAGAUCAACCUAGAAUAUACAUCAAUUCAGACUAUACCGAACCAGCUAUACCAGGUGGACAAUCUGAUCUACUUAUUGGCCAAGAUAGUCUUCAUAACAGAAUCUUGGAAACGCUCCGAGAUGACGAGUACAGAUAUAAUAGAUUCGCACUUGGUUGGCAUCGAACCCUUCUUCAGUUAUCCGAUUUAGAUGAUGAUUUCGACUUGGAUCCCCCAUUCUCUCUUUAUGAUUAUCCCCGCUUUUGA